AUGGCAAACAAUAACUAUGAGACUGAAUCUAAGCAACGGGCACAGUUGGUGGAGUGGUUAAACAGUAUUCUUCCCAAUCUAAGUUUGCCAACAAAAGCUUCACAUGAAGAGUUGAGAGCUAGCCUGAUUGAUGGCACUGUUAUGUGCAAAAUCUUAGACAGGCUUAGACCUGGUUCUCUAAAACAGGAAGGUUAUCCUGAAAAUUUUUCAGUGUUGCGAUCAGAAAAUGUUAAAAGGUUUCUGACAGCUAUGGAUGAGCUAGGAAUACCCAGAUUUGAGGUAUCAGACCUAGAAAAGGGAUCUAUGAAGAAUGUUGUCGACUGUCUUUUAAUACUAAAAACGCAAUUUAUGUCAUCUGGAGGUAACUUGCCCACUAUUAGUACUAUUACUAAACCAGGAAGCAUUCAUGGGGAUGCAUCAUCCCGUGGCCCUCUCACUCUAUUAUCUGGAGAAGAAAGGAGGAAGGCUUCCUUGGACUUAAAAUUUCAACGUGCAUUGCAUACUCCUUUAAUGUCAGAACAAUCAGCUGCAGUACUGCAUCCUGUUGGGCACAAGUUCCAUGAGGUGUUUCAGUUGAAACAAGGACGCUAUGCAGAUCUCCCAGGAACAAAAAUUUCAGAGAUGAUGAAAUCAAACAGUUUAGAAAAUGCCCCAACUCAGUCACUUUUAAGUGUUGUCAACGGAAUUCUGGAUGAAAGUAUUGAAAGAAAGAACAGUGAAAUUCCUCAUCGUGUGGCAUGUCUCCUGAGAAAAGUUGUGCAGGAGAUUGAACGGCGUAUAUCAACUCAAGCAGAACACCUAAGAACUCAAAAUAAUCUUUUCAAAGCUCGUGAGGAGAAGUACCAAUCAAGAAUCAGAUUUCUUGAGGGCCUUGCAUCUGGGACUGGUGAAGAGACUAAGUAUGUCGCAAACCAGCUUCAGCAAAUGAAGACUGAGAACUCCAAAGUGGAAGAAAAACAGAAAGUUGAGGAGCAGGAGAUAAUAAAGUUAGUGAAAGAAAAUGAUAAAGAGCAGGAGAUGAUAAAGUUAGUGAAAGAAAAUGAUAAAAACAUUCUUGAAAUUACAGCACUGAAACAAGAACUAGAAAUUGCCAAAACAAUGCAAGAGCAGUGCCGCUUGGAAAUGGAAACAGAGAAUAAGGGUGACAAAGCAGAACUUCAAAUGAGGUUAAAAGAGCUUGAGUGCCACCUUGCUGAUUCAAACAAUAAGUUGAAAGAGCUUGAAGCAAGUUCUGAGUCAAAAUGCCAGACGUGGAACAUGAAAGAGAACAUCUACCAAAGCUUUAUGGUCUUUCAGUUUGGUGCAAUGCAGGAGUUAAGGUUAACUUCCCAUGCCAUCAAGCAAGAAAUUUUGAAAACACAGAAGAGCUAUUCUGAGGAAUUUAAUCACUUAGAAGUAAAGCUUAAAGCAUUAGCAGAUGCAGCAGGGAACUAUCAUGAAGUUUUGGCUGAAAAUCGAAAGCUCUUUAAUGAACUUCAGGAUUUGAAAGGGAACAUUAGAGUUUAUUGUCGAGUAAGGCCAUUUCUGCCUGGACAAACCGGAAAACAGACAAUCAUAGAAAAUAUUGGUGAAAAUGGACAGUUGGUUAUUGCAAAUCCAUCCAAGCCAGGGAAAGAUGGCCAACGAUCAUUUAAGUUUAAUAAGGUCUUUGGUCCAGCUACUACUCAAGGGGAGGUAUUUUCAGAUAUUGAACCCUUUGUUCAAUCAGUAGUUGAUGGAUAUAACGUCUGUAUAUUUGCUUAUGGGCAAACUGGUUCAGGGAAAACCUAUACAAUGAUUGGUCCUAAUGGAGCAACUGAAGAGGAAUGGGGUGUUAAUUAUCGUGCUUUGAAUGGUCUCUUCAGACUCUCUCAAAAUAGAAGAAGCACCAUUCUCUAUGAAAUUGGGGUUCAAAUGGUUGAAAUAUAUAAUGAACAAGUGCGCGAUUUAUUAUCAAGUGAUGGUUCUCAGAAGAAAUUAGGGAUUAAAACUAUCUCUCAACCUACUGGGUUAGCUGUACCUGAUGCUAGCAUGCACCCUGUUCUAUCAACCUCAGAUGUGUUAGAUUUAAUGAAUAUUGGACUCAAGAAUAGAGCUGUUAGUUCUACUACUCUAAAUGAAAGAAGUAGUCGCUCUCACAGCAUUGUCACCAUACAUGUUCGUGGGAAGGAUUUGAAAGAUGGAACUUCUUUGUAUGGUAAUCUUCAUUUGGUAGAUCUAGCAGGCAGUGAAAGAGUAGAUAGAUCUGAGGUAACUGGAGAUAGGCUUAGGGAAGCACAACACAUAAAUAAAUCAUUAUCUUCCCUUGGAGAUGUAAUUUUUGCUCUUUCACAAAAGAGUCCUCAUGUGCCCUACAGAAAUAGCAAGCUCACUCAAGUACUUCAAAGCUCUCUUGGAGGUCAGGCAAAGACCCUUAUGUUUGUGCAGCUCAAUCCUGAUGCCACUUCCUAUUCUGAAAGUAUGAGCACUUUGAAGUUUGCUGAACGGGUUUCUGGAGUUGAACUAGGUGCUGCACGAAGUAGCAAAGAGGGGAAGGAUGUUGGGGAACUAAUGGAGCAGAUGGCAUCUCUCAAGGACACAAUAGCAAAAAAGGAUGAGGAGAUUGAGCGGUUGCAAUUACUUGAUGAUCUAAAAAAUGGAUACCCCGUCAUCAAUGGUGAGCAGCACAGAACAGGCUCGUUGAGUGAUGAGCAUUCUGAAGCUGGUUCCCAGCAGUCCACAGAUGAGGAAAAGUUUACUGAAAUAUCUAAUGUUGGUCUUUCUAUGGGAACAGAAACUGAUGGCUCAGCUGAAUAAACUCGGUCCCCUGAAGGCAUAAAUUUGGGAGUGACCAAGAUAGCAUCAAAGACACGACUUGUACAAAAACCAGCGCAAGGGCAAACAGCAUCAAGAACAGAAUCUCCAAACCGUUCAACAACCGUUAAAAAGAGUCUAAGCUCCAAGUCAAUCAAGCCUCCUUCCAGAAGAUGGCAGUAAAUAAACAACAGAAGUUGGAGUUGGUCACUAUUCUUGUUUAUAGUCUGAUAUUCAUCACUGGCCUUUUGAAUUAUACUUUGCGGACGUUAUCUCACCCCUGAUAAGUUUCUGAAUUUGUUCUCCCCAUGUAUGGUUCUCAUAUGGUAGACAGUUUUGCUUCAAGUAGAAUUAGCUACUAAUUUGUAUUUUUUACUGUUCUUUUGCCCUUGGAUCAAAACUGUAAUUGAUGUUCAUUUGAGUAUGUAUAUAUGUACAAAUUUGUUUAUAUAUCCUAGUGUUCUUUUUUAAAUUUACUCCCAUCACCUCUUGCUGAUUCAUCGAUAGACAUUUGAUAUUUCUGACUCCACACAUUCUGUAAUCUCGAGGGAAAUGGUUUUCUAUGUAUUCACUGUUUGUCGAGUUAAAAAAUUACAGUAUCAUUAUAAAAAAAACAAACUCUUAUCCAAAAGUGAUUUCCUUUUAAGACAUCCACAUUCAAAUUUUUGUCUCUGCUGUUUUGCUUUCCUUUUCUUUCUUUGGAUUUU